UGACUGUUGGCCGCCACACUGCCGACCGCCGACUGCCGAGUUCCUACAACAAACGUUGAAACGUCUGUAAACAAAACUGUAGUAUUCAAUUUUGGUGUAAGUUUUUAUUUUUGUCACUAAAUGUUUUUAUGAACUUAGUUAUUAAUAAAAUUGUCUAGUUCUGCGUUGGAAACACUUUAGCGAUCGCCGCAAUGGUUGUUUCUGAUUUGCCUAAAAAUCGAAAAGAAAAAAUGGAAGGUGAUCAUUCGGAUAAAGAAAAUAAAAGAGAAGAACAAAACAUAAAAAAGAAAAAACGUGCUCGUUCAUCAAGCAGUGGCUCGAGUAGUAGUCGUUCAUCAUCAAGCAGUUCUCGCUCUGGUAGUGGUUCUUCAGGAUCUAGUAGCCGUUCAAGCUCAAGUAGUUCUGGUUCUAGUUCACGUUCCAGCUCAAGUUCAUCAAGUUCAACUAGUUCUUCUGGUUCUUCUACUGGUCGAGCUAAAGCAAAAACUAAGCAACCAAGAUUGAAAAGUGGCAGCAAGACCAAGAGUAGAAGUCGCAGUCCGAGAAAAUCAAGACGUGAUGAUGAGGAAAAAGUAAAAAAAGCUGAAAGCAAAACUAGAACUUCUAGAAAAUCAAGAUCAGGUAGUCCUAAACGUCGUAAGAAGGAAAGAUCACCAACUCCAAAACCAUGUCGUAUUCAUGUUGGUCGUUUGACUCGCAAUAUUACUAAAGAGCAUAUUCAAGAAAUAUUUUCUGAUUUUGGAACAAUAAAAGAAGUAGAUGUACCCUUAGAUCGAUUUAAUAGAUUAUGUAAAGGAUUUUCUUAUAUUGAGUACUCUACGCCAGAAGAAGCUGAGAAUGCCAUGAAACAUAUGGAUGGAGGUCAAAUUGAUGGACAAGAAAUAACUUGUGCACCAGUGUUAUUGCCACGUCCAGCUAUUCGUAGAAGUCCUAUUCGCCGUGGUGGUUGGGGUGGCGGUGGUGGUGGUGGUGGCGGUGGAGGUGGCGGUGGACGCCGAAGGAGUCCACCUCGAUACAGACGUAGAUCACCAAUGCCUAUUAAACGGCGUUCUCCUCGCCCACGUAGAAUGAGGUCUCGUUCGAGAUCUCCAAGAAGGCGUAAGCAUAGUCGUUCUGGAUCUAGCAGCUCACCUUAAAUUCCAAUAUAGUGUAAUAACUUCACAAUAUUUAAAAACAAAGCAACUUAAAAUAAACAGUUCAUAAUUUUUUUUUAUAUAUAUACAUUAUUAUUCUAGGAUCUAUUUCAAAUUAAAACACUAGUUUUUGGUAAUUUUUUUAGAAUUUUGACAUUGAUUUAUCAUUAUAUAAAUACUAAUUUAUAUUAUAUUUAUACUUUAAUAUCUUUCUAUAAUUUACUAAAUGUAAUGGUGAUCUAGUAUUUUAUAAAAUGAAGGUAAAAAUAAAUGUUAAAUAUUAAACUUAAGUAAAUUUUUUUUUUUUUUUUUGUAUUUUUAAAUUUUAAAAUAAAAUAUAAAUACAAUUUAUUUGAACAUUUUAUUUAAACUUAUUUUUAUAAUUUAAUAUUAGUUAUCAAAAUACAGAAUAUGUAAUUUAUCUGACAAAGUUGGAACUAUAAAAUGUUUUAACUAAAAUUCCAAAUUUAAUGACAGGUUUAAAAGAGCUAAUGUUUUGUAUUUUUUAUAACUUGUUUCAACUUUCAAGUCUAAUGAAUAACAACAUUUUAAGGACAUCAUUGCAUUAUAUGCCAUAGUCUUAUAUCCAACAUCUACGUACAAUAAUAAUAAUUAUUAAUUUAUAUUCAGCAUUAGUUAAACUACUCUUCAAUUUUUUAUUAUUUGUGACUCCGUAGUACAUUAUUAGUGUCGGAAGUAAAAAGUAUUACAUCAAUUACUACCUAAAGAGAAUAUAAUUUACGUUCAAAGAUUCAAAAACUUAGAAUUAUACUUAGUGCUUACUAAUAGUAGGAAUAGCUAUGUUAACUCACAACUUAUGGGAUUAAGAAUAUUCAACAUAUUAUUUUAAUGAAUUAAAGACUAAUUUCAACGUAA